AUGUCCGGCAUGGGAUUCACCGGAUCGGGAGAGAGCGCCCAGGACCGUCGGAGAACGUUUGACUCAAGACACAGGUAUGACAAUUGAUAUACAUGAUUUUAAUUAAGAUUUUAGAUAUUUACAUUUCUCUAUUUUUUCAUACAUAUUGAGCAAUGUAGAAAAAAUAUAAAAAAAAUAAACAUUUGUCUUAUAUUUUCUCAAAAUUAAAGACAAUUAUUUUCUGUGCAAGAUGACAGAAAGACAUAUUGCUCUAGUGAAUGAGAAAAUGUAAACAGUCCUUGACAGCUGUAAUAAUCAAAUAUAAUUGAAAAGUCUGGCAUGUUUAUUGAGGUGUUUAUUUGUUAAAGUGUUGAUUGUACACAUUAUUUUAAUAAUAUAAGACUCAAGGUGUUACAUUUAUUUAUUAAAAGUAGUUUAUAAAUGAUGUAAAGUCAAGUUCAGAAAUUGUACAUUCCAAUUGCAGAUAUAUUAUGUGCAGAAUUAAAUCAGAUUUUCUUGCUCAUAUAACUCAAAUAGGACAUUACUAAUCAUCAUAUACAGUGUGACGAGACCAAUCUCGCCACUGUGCAUUGGAGGAGCCUGGUUGCCUGCCUGCUGCCUUUUGACUAUGGACCGGCAUUUAAAUACUUUAUUUUCCUAUGCAGAAAGGUCUAUUCAUGCAUUUCUGCUCUGGCGUUCGGUAGAUUCUCGGAUUUACUGAAUUAACUAAUUUAACCCAGAUAGCUAUGCCAUAUAGCCUAUUCGGGUAAUAAAAGACUUUGGCUCCAUGGCAAUUGAACUGUAUGUGUGUGGUCUGAGAGCCAUUCAGUAAUAAUGUGCGCUCAGACCUAAGCUAUCUGGGGAUAUGUUGCAUGUCUGUAUUUUAUGUAAUAAAUGUAACCUUGUGUAUUUUAUUGUAUUUUACUGUUUUUUUACUGCCAUGUGCGAAAUGGAGUUUUGCCUCUGUCCUUGGAGAUAAUUGGAUUACUUCCCAAUUAUCUCCAGGAUAGAAGACUCUGUGGAACUGGUUUUGGGCAGAAAAGCCAUGCUUCCUUUGGUCACAAAGGACUUCGAUCUAUCUUUUGAACCAAUGGACCAAUGUGGAUGAUUUUGACAUAUGUUCAUAUUUGGAAUAUGUUGAUUCUAAAAAUGUAAAUGUUUUAUGUGAAUGUGAUGCAUACUUUUAAAGUUAUGAAUAAUGUGGAAAAACUGUAUUUCUCUGUCUGUGAUAAUUACAUUACCCAUUGUGUAAACCUGUUUGUAUGGUUUUCCCUAUUCGGCUGUUUACCGCAUUCGUAUGUUUGAGAGCAUUCAUAUGCUUCUCCGGUUCGGCGGAUUGGUGUCUACAGUAGCUGCCUGUGUCUCUGGAAGGGAAGAUCUCCUAAACGGCUUUUAACCCCCUUUUAUGCCCGGGGUUCCUUUACAUACAGCAUCUCACAAAAGUGAGUACACCCCUCACAUUUUUGUAAAUAUUUUUUUAUAUCUUUUCAUGUGACAACACUGAGAAAUGACACUCUGCUACAAUGUAAAGUAGUAAGUGUACAGCUUGUAUAACAGUGUAAAUUUGCUGUCCCAUCGAAAUAACUCAACUCACAGCCAUUAACAUUUAAACAGAAGACAAUGGUUUCAUAUUUCAACCAUUGGCAACAAAAGUGACUACACCUCUAAGUGGACAUGUCCAAAUUGGGCCCAAUUAGCCAUUUUCCCUCCCCGGUGUCAUGUGACUCGUUAGUGUUACAAGGUCUCAGGUGAAAAUGGGGAGCAGGUGUGUUAAAUUUGGUGUAUUUCCACUUAGGACGUUUUGGACAUUCCACUUGCCAAUGGUUUAGACAUUAAUGGUUGUGUGUUGAGUUAUUUUGAGGGGACGGCAAAUUUACACGGUUAUACAGGUUGUACACUUACUACUUUACAUUGUAGCAGAGUGUUAUUUAUUAAGUGUUGUCACAUGAAAAGAUAUAAUAAAAUAUUUACAAAUAUGUGAGGGGUGUACUGACUUUUGUGAGAUACUGUAUUAACACCUUAGAGACUGAGUAUUUUGCAGGAUUUCAUGCAUUUGUUACCGAUUUUCUUUUGGCACUUUUGCUGUGUCUUUCUUCAAAUAUUGCAAGGAGUUAAUUUAAAUCUAAACGUAUGCAUCCUUUGGUCUGCUUAGACAAGAACUUACAACAACAAACUUAAAGGGACACUAUAGUCACCAGAACAACUACAGCUUAAAGCUUCAAAGAAAACGCAAUGCUUACAUUUCAAGCUAGUGACAGCUCUGGUGACAUUCAUUCAGAUGGCCACUAAAGUGCUUCAUGUGUCAGUGUUGUACAGUGAACCGCACUUGCAUUCAGAGUUUCCACAGUCUGCAUGGAGUCACUGAACGUUCCCCAUAGAGAUGCAUUAAUUCAACGAGGAGAUGCUAUGAGUUAAUGUUAUGGGAAAGCAUGGGAUUGGCUGAAAAAUAAAAAAUUUAUGUUCUCAGGCAUGGAGGUUGGUCCAGGUUGAGCCAUCCAUGGCAAUACUGGUGCGGCAUUAAAAAAGGAUGAGUAAAAUCAUAUUUUCAGAGCAAUCUAAGGUUGGGUUGGGGACAUAAACAGUCACACAGGCACACAGGCACAAUAAUGUCACAAAUAAAUGUUUGUAUUCCUGACACUAUAGUGUUCCUUAAAGGCCAAAGUAGCCAAAGUGGAAGCAUAGCUGACUUUUCAUGGCUGAUAUUUUCCAGUUCAGCCAUUUUGAACUUACAUUUAAAAUUGAAUUUUAACAAUCUCUUUUGCAAAUAAGAAUAUAUAACGUUAAUGCUACUGCCCCCAAGAACAGCAAUACUUCAUAUGGACCGUUGUUGGAUUUUUUUAGAAGAUAUGAGGUCAAAUUACAGACAUAUUAAUUUCAGUUUUCAAUUUUCAGUUUUUCUAUUAUUCACCAAUUGAAUAACUGGGGUCAUGUUGCUUUUGGAACACAACUGCAGCACCUAGUUGCAUUUUUGCCAUCAAAGCAUACCAUUUUUAAAAUAAGACAACCUAAACUAUUUAAUCUGAGGCAUUUUCAUUUUUUUUACUUAAGACAUGUUAUCCCCAAUUUCUGCUAAAUGUAGCAGUAAUUUUAAUAUUUAAAAAAAAAAUUCAAAUACUUGUUAAAGUCUAAUGGGGAAUUUCUACUACCUAAAAGACUUUAGACUGCAUUGUGCUGUAUGUUCCAAUUAUAAUAAUGCCCCACUGAUAUACCUUUGCCAGUUUAUUUGGGUGAACUUACAGGGGGAAAUUUAAGACACAAUUUUAUUUUCAUAUGUCACUUUUCUUGUGUCCAGAGAAGAUAAUUGCCUAAGUGAUAUUAUCUGUGUCACUGUGCUGACCAGCAUCACACUUUUACAUUAUUUCUAACAUUGUGCUUAUUUGUGACAUUCUGAAAUAUCCUGGUACAAGGCAUGCUUGACAUGUACUGAUUGUCCCCACUACCAUCAAUGGUAUUUUAAUGGUAGUUGGCAUCCAAUUGCUGUCAUGGUGCCACAGUGAUCAGAUGCUAGCAGGAGCAGCCCGAGGGUUGCUUUUACUAGUCUGCAACAAUUAUGCGGUAUCCAACAUUAGCCGGGUUACACAGCAUUUUGUGAGACCUGUGGUGGUAGGGGAAUUAAGUACUCACCGUACCCUGUACAUGUAUUAGUGUCUUAGUGACAGCAAUAUACAUGGUUCAGUGUCUAUCACAAAGGGAUUAAUUUCAUAGGUUAAAUGAGGAUUACUUUUUUUUUGAAACUGGUUAUUAAUAAUUUGUAAUAUUUCUGAAACAAAGUGUGAAAAUCAGAUGACAUAAAACAAGUGAAGUUAUCAUUGAAAAAUAAAUUGCCAGUUAGACAGCAAUAAAAAUGGAACAGACAGAUAAAAAAAAGAAAAAGAUUUACAGAACUAAGGAGAGGAGGAGGUGAAAUAGCAAUCAACAAUAAAGGAAAAUUGUGCUAAUGAGCUGGUGAGUAUAAAUACUGCCGCACUAUUUAAUUUCUCUUUAUUUUUUCUACAAUAUGAGAUAACUACAGUACGAUGUCUACCAAUCCCCUCUGGUAGCAAUUUACCCUUACAAUCCUAAUCCUAAUGUAAGGAAAAUAAAGCAGAACUAAAUUUAAACAAUACACCACAAAAAGUCUUGUGCUAUUCAGUUCCUCACUAGACCAACAAGUGCAAUUUUUAAAUUGUAUACGUAUUCAUCCAGCGGAAAUCUUAUUUUAAAAAUUAUACAAAUGUGAAGAAAAAAUUAAAUAACCAUGAAGUGUGUGGAAUAGCUGUAUAAUGCUUCACCCACAACCAAUAUAACUAAAUAAUGCACACUGGGAGACCACAGUGCGUGGGUGCUGCAGUGUACAGAUAUUCUGCGCCAUAAUUUUUUUUUUUUUGUUUAGAUAUGCACAACCAUUUAAGCAUUUCCCCUGCAUGCAUAAAUAUAAAAUUAAAAAUUGCACUUGUGAUAAUCUAGUGAGAUAUAGAGUAGCACAGCGCUGUUUUUGGUGGAAUGUGUAGCACUUUAUUGAGAUUAUUAAGUGUAUGCAGAUACGUAUUUAAUGCACUUUCACUUAUAGCACUUUAUAUUACUAUUGGGGCGCCCCAACACCUUUUGGUAUAUUUGGGAAAACAAAAUGUAGCCAAUACAUUGCUUGCCUUCCCCUGCAGAGAAACUAAUUUAUUCUUAAGUAUAACUUUCUGAGAUAUAGAGAGACUAUAAAAACUGUUAAUUCUUUCAAGCUCAAUAAUAACUUUAGUCAAAAUUUAAAGUAGUGGUUAUGAUAUCACGAGUACUCAGGAGUACCAUGGCACUGUUCACUAGUAAAGAGUUCACUAGUAAAGGGCAAAAUAUUUUACACGGUUUGCCUCUUACUUGGGUUCCUGACAUUUAAUGAGUCUCGUGUCAGAAGUCAUAUGUGAAUCCCACAGUGCAUUUAUUGCCUGAGUACAUCCAAUAAAUGAUCCUCUGUGCAAAGAAAUGGGCACAGAAUUGACACUGACGAACUUGGAGCUCUCUGGAGAUACACAUCUGGCAGCUAUCCUAAAUAUCUCUGUGUGUGAAGCAUUUCAAACUGAAGCAUUGCACGUACAAUAUUUUUAAAUAUUUGUGGAUAAACAUUUUAGAGUGAAUUUUUCAAAAUAUAAAAAUUUCAAAAGAUCUAUUAUAUUUAACAAUAUAAAAAAUAUUUUUAAAAAAUCAAAAUAGUAAAACAUUUUAAAAGUUUACUCAAAAAAUGUUAAAUAAUUUGAAAAAGAUAUUAAAAAAAAUAUUCAAUUUAAGCCCCAAAUAGCAGUGUUAAACUGCAUAAGGCCAAUGUUGGGUUAAAUUCGUGGCAAAACACAAAUGCUAGCCAUGUUCAUUCAUUAGAACUACCACACCAUUUUUUGUUGAAAUGCUAAAUAUGUGGCCAUCCUUUUCAUGUUUGACUGAAAAUACAACAAAUUGUUCUCCUAUCUCUAGUUUUGAAAGUAGUGCUUUGACUUUCGUAAUUUGAAAACAAUUGUGCCUUUAAAAGGACAUUCUUAGUCUUUAAAUUAAGUGUUAGUAUAGAAUAUAGAUGGCAAAUUCUAUGCACACACAGUAAAGGCGAUAUUUUUUUAGAAAUGUUAUUUAUCAAAUCCUUCAAUACCACACUUUCUGUUCUAAGAAAAAAAUAUUAGCAUAGCAUUUAUUUGAAAUAUGAAAUGCAUAAAUGCCAUAUAGGGUAAAACUGCAAUUUUAUGUUUAGAUUGCUGUUCAAAGGCAAAUGAAAAUGUAAAUUAUGCAAAUUUACAUAAUUUGACAUUGAAGUGAAAACCUUUUAAGAACUGAUGUGGUAUCCAUUUUAUUACAAUAUUUCAGACAGAGUCUGCUAGACUUGAAGAUUCAUUUAGCACGUAAUUGCAAUUAGGCUGAAUUUAGGCCAAUCAGGCAUUCUGCACAAUACCCGGAUUCUGAGCAGACAGAAAUAUUCCCGAGUUAUGGACUAGCUGAAACACAAGUCUAUGGUUUAACCCCCUAAGGACUGAGCCAAAUGUACACCAAAAUGUAAACAAAACCUGGAAUUUGACUAUAUGUCUGUUCAACCGUAAUUCACCUCUUUUAUAUUAAGUGCACCCACACUUAUUAUAUAUCAUUUUAUUCAGGGGAGACAGGGCUUUCAUUAACAUCAAAUAGUUAACUAUGAAAUAUAAUUUAAUAUGAAUAAAAUGUAAAAAAACAAUGGGAUAAAAUAAGAAAUUAAAUUUUUUAGUUCUACGUGACAUUUUAACUGUGAAUGUCAUAAUACUGUUUGCAUUUACUGCAAUAAUUACACAUAUUUGUAUUCAGUGAUGCCUUGUGUGUAAAACAGUACCCCCUAGGUUUUAUAGUGUUUUAGGAAGUUACAGGGUCAAAUAAGGGAUGUUACAUUUUCAGUUUAUACACAUUGAAAUUCGCCAGAUUGGUUAUGUUACCAAAUGAUAGCCCAGGAAUGAAAAUUACCCCAAUGAUGCCAUACCAUUUGCAAAAGUAGAAAACCCAAGGUAUUACAAAUGGUGUAUGUCCAGUUCUUUCUAGUAGCCACUCCAUUACAAACCCUGGCCAAAUUUAACGUUUAUAUUUGUUUGUGUGUGAAAAAUGCAAAAAACUAAAUUGAAUGCUAAAUUUGGCCAGUAUGAUAGGUUUUACUGUUUUUAAAUGCUAAUAUUUAUGUUCAGCGAAGUCUCCCGAGUAAAACAGUACCCCCCAUGUACAGGUUUUAUCGUGUCCUAGAAAGUUACAGGGUUAAAUAUAGUGCUUGCGAGCCAAAUUCUCUGGACUUUCAGCUUGGAUUGUCAGGCAGGUCCCUCAAAUUGUAAUUAAUAAAAUGACUUGAUUAUGUAAAAAUAUCAUAUAAAUAUAUUUGUAGAAUUUAAAUAUAUAUGUAUAUAUAUGGAUAAUUUUUUUAUUAUUUUUAUUUAUAUAUAGCUAUAUAGAGAGAGAUAGAUAUAUAGAUACAUAUAUGUAUUUAUAAUGUCAUUCUAAAUGUAUUUUGAAUUUAAUAUAUAUCUAUAUUAAUAUCAAAAUACAGUUAGAACAAAUUAAAAAUGAUAUAUAAUUUUUUUAAUGUAAUUUUAUUAUUUUUUUAAAUGUAUUUAUUGAUUAUAUAUAUAUAUAUAUUAUUUUCCCAGGUCCCAGCACUCAAUGUUCCCGGUCUUUUCCAUGCUCUGGUGCAAGUAAUCUCUGACCAAUAUAUAGAAUCCAAGUAGAGAGCACUCUGGAGUCUUCGUUUUAUAUCAAAAUAAAUACUGCUUUAUUGUGCAGAAUACAAAAAUGUCGACGUUUCAGUCACAAUAGACUUUUCUCAAGACAAUUCAUGCAAUGAAUAAACCGUGAUUAUAUAUGUUACAACAAAAUUCCUAUUGGAGGGUGAAAGAUUGAAAGCAAGAACAGGUGACAUCAUAAUUGACGUAUUCUACAGAAUAUUAACCAGGUGAUUCUUGACUCAAUUAAGGUUUGAAAAAGUGACCAUUCUGAAACGUCGACAUUUGUGUAUUCUGCACAAUAAAGCAGUAUUUAUUUUGAUAUAAAACGAAGACUCCAGAGUGCUCUCUACUUGGAUGCUAUAUAUAAUUAACAUCAUUCUACAUGUAUUUUAAUAUUUAUAUAUAUUAUUAUAUAUAUAUAAAUAUUAAAAUACACUUUUAUUAAUGGUUUAUGUAUGUGUAUGUGCAUAUAAAAGUACUUAGAUCAUAUAUAUAUAUAUAUAUAUAUGUGUAAUGGCACUCAACCUUUCAGAUGCUAUAUGCAAAUAGUAUGCCCUGGUGCAAUUCCACGCUGAAUGUAUAUAAUAAAUGAAGAAAGGAGAUGCACUCAAGAUCUUGAGGAAGACCUGAAUUUGUCAAAACGUCGAUCAGACAGAUGUAAACUUUUUGUUACAUUAAACACCAGUGAUUUUUUCAUAAAGACCGAAGAGUGCAUCUCCUUUCUUCAUUUAUUAUAUAUAUAUAUGAUCCAAGUACUUGUAUUUAUUUUAUUAAACUUUUUAAUAACUUUUAUUAAUUCCAGCAGACUGGAAUUAAGGUAAGAUUUUACUAUAUUUAGGAGGACAAGUGGGGGCCCGGAGAGGCCAGGGGGAUAGAUAGUGUUUUAAACACUAUUGGGCCAGGAAUCAUGUUUGUGUUCUAGUGUUCCGUUAAUAUAUAUAUAAUGUAAAAAUAUGUAUUUUUUAAAUUUCCCUCCUCUCUGUUUUGGUUACUCUCUAUUUGUUACUUUUUCUCACUUGAUCUGUGAACCAAAUGUUGGGAAAAUGCUCAUGUCAGUGUACUGCAAAAUAUGUACAUAAUAUUAUAUUAUGUAUAUAUUUUGCACAACAUAGAUAUGCCCAUUUUCACACAUAUUUGGUUUGUUGUCAGAUUCAAUUCCCUAAUGGACAUUCAGCUGAGCCAAGACAACAUCUGACCGAAUGUUGGGUGUCUCAAAAAAUGUACUGUCUUUAGAAACCAUAAUUUCUUGCCGUGCAUAAGUCUAAAGUCUGUAAUAUAAACACAAAAGCAGCAAAAAUAUUAUAUAGCAUACAGUAGGUAAAAUAAAAAUAGAUACAUAGAAAUAGUUAAAUAUAUAUGGCUUAUGCUCAGAUAAGGAACAUAAUGUUUCUGUAGAAAUGUAGCUUUAUACUGUAUGCAAUAUAAUAUAAAAAGUCUGAAUGUUAGUAUAAUGUCUAUAUAAAUAGCACAAAAUUAUUGUACUGUACAGGUGACAGAUGAAGCAGUACCUUGAAUUAAAGUGUUUAAUUCAAACUUGCUUACUGUACAAAAGUAUGGAAGAGGGUGCUUGCCAUUUUCAUUUACGUGCUGGUCAUAUCGAGCCGUGCUUCUCAACCCUCUCCUCAUGGCUUACUUACCAGUCCAGGAUUUAGGGUUUACCCAGGUGUGUCCAAGGUGUUAAAAAAUACACCUUAGGCUCUAAGGCAGGCAUAGGCUACCUCCGGCACUCCAGAUGUUUUGUACUACAUCACCCAUGAUGCUUUGACAGCAUUAUGGGUGUAAGAGCAUUAUGGGGGAUGUAGUCCACAACAUCUGGAGUGACGAAGGUUGCCUAUCCCUGCUCUAAGGUGUUUUUUUUUCUUUUUGUAAAUACCUUGGACACACCCGGGUAAUCCCUAAAUGCUGGACUGUUAUGUGUGCCUUGAGGAGAGGGUUGAGGAGCACUGAUAUAUAGUAUACAAAUGAAACUUUACUAGAUAAAUAAGUGAAUACUAUACUUUUUAAAAGUUAUUUAUUAAUCAGUAGUUUAAAUUUUAACUUCAUUUUUAAAGACCCAUAUACAUUAUAUGCAUCCAUUUAACAAUGCGAUCGCCACUUUUCAUUAUUAUAACACUGUCUUAAGAGCAUUAUUGCACAAUUUAACUUGAAAGUGUAAAAUAAUUCAUCCAGAUUCUUUCUUUUAUUUCAGAGAUAUUUCAAAAACAAAAAUCAGUGCUCUUCCAAGUUAUGGUUUGGAAAAUAUCAAGAGGCUUAUAGCGAUAUCAGCUUACAAUUUGAAAAAGCUACCUCCGAUGGAAAAAUUCUCAGAACUGAUUGAAGCAGAUUUAACUUACCCAAGCCAUUGUUGUGCUUUUUCAAAUUCAAAGCGACAAAAGUAA